CUGGCGGCCCUGCGCACCUGCGUGUAAUGCAACCUAGUUAAGCAAGUGAUGAGAGCUGUCUAUUGAGAUACAUUACUUCUGAUACCUCUAAAGGUUUACAACAGAGAACAAAAACAUGCUCACCUCAUCCAUAAGACACAAUUGGUAAAUAUUCUGUUAUAUCAUUAGAGUUGAGUAUGAUAUGCUCAACUGGAAGCACACAAGGUAGCAUGUCUCGACAUAGUAGCACAACUUGACAGAACACCUGACGAAGCACGAAAACAAGAAGCCUCGGAGUCUGUUGAGUGGCAGGAGAGUGAGGACAGCUGGACGUCAAACGUGACAGCACAGGAGAAAGCCCAAAACUGACAGAGCUCAAAGUAAGGGUAAACUGGAAAUGGACAACUACCUAUCAACGCACCAACAGGACAUCAUGAAUUCCAAAAUGUUGUGCAGGGACAACAAUCUGCCACUGGAACCACCUCCCGCUGAGGACUUCACCUCCCCCUACAGCGUCAACAUGAGCCUACUCCUUCCUGACAUCACAUACCUUCACCCUGGUCUCUGCAGGACUGUGAGACAGAUCAAGACUGAGCCGUCACACUCCCUGAUGCACCCCGCAUGUCAGGGCAGCGGUGUGCCACCAGCACUCCCAGAGUACCCAGGUGUUUUUACCAUAGCUGACGGUGCUAGCAGCAACUUUUUUAUCAAACAGGAAGUGCCAGAUUACCAGGAUGUUCCCAUGUAUCAGCUUUUGAACUCUGACUUGGAGCAGAUCGUUCAUGGGUCACAGCUGAACUCCAUCCCUGCAGCACCCUUAAGUCUUCCAAUCGGGAACGCUCAUGCAGGUCCAGCUCAGAGUUCUGCAAAAAACACAAGCAGCCCCCAUAAUUUCCCUUUUAAUCCACAUGCAGGCCAUCAGCAAAGGCCGACCUAUCUGCCGCCUUCACCCCCAAACUCUGAGCCCUCAAGUCCAGACAGAAGGAAAGAGCUCCUUCAGAAUCUGUCCCCGCCUCCCUCCUAUGAAGCCAGCGUCGCCUCCAAGUUAACUUUUCAGACCCACAAUCCCAUCAAUCCAGGACAGACUUCUAGUGUAGCUCCAAUCCAAAUCCAAGACCAGAGGCCUCAUGUAGGAUUAGUUCAAAGCCAGGGUCCUGUGCCAGUCCAACGUUCAACCCUGACACCAGUUCAGACAACACCGGGGGUUUGCCCACUGUCCCCCGUUUUGGGCCAAUCAGCUCAAGGCAAAUACAAUCGGAGGAAUAACCCUGAUUUGGAGAGACGAAGGAUACACCACUGUGAUGUCCCAGGGUGCAAGAAAGUAUACACCAAAUCUUCUCAUCUCAAAGCUCAUCUCCGGACACACACAGGAGAGAAGCCGUACGAGUGCUCGUGGGAGGGGUGUGAGUGGCGUUUUGCCCGAUCUGACGAGCUGACUCGCCAUUUCAGGAAACACACCGGGGCGAAGCCAUUCCAGUGUGGUGUGUGUAACCGCUGUUUCUCCCGUUCUGAUCACUUGGCUCUUCACAUGAAGAGACACCAGAGCUAGAAACCCGCCCUGCAAAACAAGUCAAUCUUUUUUUAUUCCCUGGUUAAAAAUGGACAAAGUAGAGGCACUUAAUCAUCAGCAAACAUAUUAGAAAGUGGAGACAUUCUGAGCUGUGCUGCCCAUGAUUAUUUUUCGUAUUGUAAAAAGGUUGAUUAUUAUUGUUGCCUUAAUUUAUUUCCACAUGUAGACCCCCAUGUGGAGGGAGAUUUGCAAAGAUGUCAGUCAAAAGUUAUUUUCCCAAGAAAAAAACAAGCUUUUAAUUUCCUCUUAAUUCAUUAGUCUCCGUGUGAACUACACAGCCACCUCCUUUUUUUACUUUGUCAUUGUACAGACUUAGAUGUGCAUGGUAUGGGUAUCCAUUUAAUCAUCUUAAAAAGCAACUGCCAUGCUGUAAGCGCAGAUGUAUCAGUAUUAACUGGAAUGUCAGAGAGUGUGUAGUUUUAAGGGACAGAGAGUUUGUGAAAGUGUGUUUUAGAAAGUGACAGCAGUUAGUCUGAGUUGUUGGAUUUACAAAGUGAAAGCAUUUUGCCAGCUGUGUGUAGUGCUGCAGUACGACUUUUACACUGCCGAAUUUAUGGGUUACUUUGCCACUGAGGAUGAAGUUUACCUUCAUUUACUCACAACAUUAAAUAACAGGGAGGUUAUGGUUUUCAUGUUUAUUUGAACAGCACUUUGAAUGUUCUAUAUCCAUGUGUGCCCCUGUAUUAUAACAUAGAUGUAGUCAUUACAGAAAGUGUUGAAUGUCUUUCAUGCAGGUCCAGAUAUAGAUCCAAAUGGUGCAUUUUCUUUAAUUUCAGGGCGACAUGAUAUUCAAUUAUGUUCAAGGUUUAUUUAUUUCAAUGUUUUUUUUCAAAUGUAGCUAAACUCAUAAAGCAAUAUCUCAUUUUGCACUGAGAACGGUGUAACAAAAGUGCUCCAGCUAAACUUACAACACCUUGUGCACAUGACAUUUCAUCAGCAGGUUCUUAUUCUCCAGGAAGUUGUGAUGUACAAAUCCAGACUUGUCCUUUUUAGACUUUGUGUUUCCCUUGCAAGUUAUGUUUCCAAACAUUAAACACCUUUUAACAAGAUUACAGCAUCAUAUUACUGAAUAUUUGUCUUUGUAAGUGGUUUCAAAGUGACGUCCGUGAGAUUUUUUUAGACUGAGCACCUGCCAGUCCGAACAUCUGUGGAAGCUUUUGGUUUCUUUGACGACUAUCCAAACACCUUUUGAAGUGCCUUUAAAUGCUUUCUUUGAUUAAUGAAAAACAAAGUUCUUUUAUCAGGUACUCCUCUCUGCCAAAACCGUUCUGUAUCUUGGCUAACCCUCAUUUUUUUUCCACAAUAUCGCAAUCUCUAUUUCUGACCAAGUUUCUUUACAAAUUCAGUCAGGUUGAAUUAAAUAGAUUUUUAAAGCCUCUAUCAUUUAUUAAAGUGUGUAUAUAUAUUUUGUAUCUUCUGUUUAAGGAUACAUCCAGUGAUGGUUUUUUAGGUGUAUAAAGAUUUCAAGCUUUUUUUUUUGUUUGCAGAGACUUUAUUUUUAUUUGUCAAUGUUAAAGAGGGUUUAAAUGAUUGGAGUGUAUGCCUAUGAUUUACUGCAAAACUUUAAAAUGUACAAAUACAUUAUAUUCUGACAUUAAAGGCUGUAUUUUAUGUCAGACCAAUGAAAGUGUAGCUUAAAUUUAUCAAAUGUGCUUUGAAGCCAUGUGACCCUCACAGUGCAAAUAAAAGUUUGUGUUAAAUAUCA